GGUCUCUUCAGAUUUUAACGCAGCUAGUGAGGAACCUAUAGAAUAUUUUGUAUACAAAUACAACAAACCCAAUCAGCUGAUUAAGUUUAAGUAAGCAACUAAAAUGCCUGAGUUGUUGAAUGGGAGAGUCACCAAUGGGAACUCUAACUACAAAGAAACCCCAUACUCUCCUGUGCUUGAGUCAGAGUAUGGGGAAUACCGAAGCCUUACAGAGCGCAUGAAUCGUAGGAUACAGUCAGGGGAUCCCUGGUACUCCCUCGAGUUCUUUCCUCCCCGGACGGCUAAUGGGGCAGUCAAUCUAGUCAGCAGGAUAGAGAGAAUGAGUGAGGGUGGCCCAAUGUUUUGUGACAUCACAUGGCACCCUGCUGGUGACCCCGGAAACACGGAGAAGCCCACAAGCUCCACUUGCAUGGCAGCCACAAUGCUGAACUACUGCGGGGUGGAGACCAUGCUCCACAUCACUUGUAGCAACCAGGACGAGGAUGGGUUAAAAAGGAACCUUCAAAAGGCAAAGGACAUUGGCCUCAAGAACCUGUUGGCCCUGAGAGGAGACCCUCCAGAUGGUGGAGACACUUGGAAAAAGCAGGAGGAAGGUCUAAAUUAUGCCACAGACCUGGUCAAAGUGAUCAGAAGAGAGCAUGGAGACCAUUUCACCAUCUGUGUAGCUGGAUACCCUACUGGUCAUCCAGAGAGUACAUCAUAUGGAGAUGAUUUACGACAUCUGAAGGAGAAAGUUGAUGCUGGUGCCGAUUUUAUAAUUACACAGUUAUUUUUCAAACCUGAGACUUUUUUCCAAUUCUUGCGUGAUUGCAGAGAAAUAGGAAUCACAUGUCCAAUUAUACCUGGUGUUCUGCCCAUUCAGGCUUACCAGUCACUCAGACACAUAGUGAAGUUGUCCCGGUUAGAAGUUCCAAAGGAGAUUCUAGAUACCAUCGAACCCAUUAAAGACAAUGAUGAAGCAAUCAGAAACUUUGGUGUGGAACAAUGUUUCCAAAUGUGUCGAGAACUCCUGAAACACGAAGAUGUACAUGGUGUUCACUUUUACACACUGAACAGGGAAGUGGCCACCAUUGAAAUUCUCAGAAGACUUGGUAUGUGGGUUGAAGAACCCUGCAAACCUUUGCCAUGGAAACAGACAGCAAAUUAUGUGCGGUGUAAAGAGGAUGUGAGACCAAUCUUUUGGAGAUCCCGACCAAAGAGUUACAUUCACAGAACAUCAAACUGGGACGAAUUUCCAAAUGGCCGAUGGGGUAAUUCCUCAGCAGCUUCGUUUGGUGAUCUCACAGACUACUACUUAUUUUACUUGAAACACAAGACUCCAAAAGAGGACCUCCUCAAGAUGUGGGGAGAGGAACUGAACUCUGAACAAGACGUGUGGGAUGUGUUUCACUGCUACAUAUCUGGUUGUCCCAACACAAAGGAAGUCAAGGUUUGCUCUAUGCCUUGGAAUGACGAAGAGUUGUCUCCAGAAACUAAUUUGAUUAAGGAGCAAUUAGAAGCCAUCAACAAACGAGGAGUGCUAACAAUCAACUCUCAGCCAAACGUCAAUGGGGCUCCAUCUUCUGACAGCAAGGUGGGAUGGGGGUCACCCAAUGGCUAUAUCUACCAGAAGGCUUAUCUGGAAUUCUUCACCACAAAGGAAAAUGGCAUUGCCUUGAAAAAAAUUCUAAAGAAUUAUCCUCAAGUGAACUACCACAUUGUGAAUAAAAAUGGUGAAGAAGAUACAAACUGUGAUCUCACUACUCCAAUUGCAGUCACAUGGGGAGUUUUCCCGGGGAAGGAAAUCAUACAACCCACAGUUGUAGAUCCAAUAGCUUUCAAGACCUGGAAGGAUGAAGCCUUUGAGCUGUGGAAACAUCCCUGGGGUAACCUCUACCCUGAGGGAUCCCAGUCCAGGAAGAUAAUUGACCACAUUUUUGACAGUUAUUACUUGGUGAAUCUAGUAGACAAUGACUUUCCUAAGGACUCUUGUCUAUGGAGAAUUGUAGAACAGAUGUUGGAGGCUGGAAGACAGACAUCAUUAGUGGAAGAGAUGGAUGUUAAUGGACAGUGAGUGAAAACAUCCUGGAGUUAUAUAAUUCUGUGUGAAUCAAAAGAUAGUGUUUAUUCAGUAUUUUGUGACUUUUUAAAACUUGAAUUUUAAGAGUCUAUUGUCCUUGUAGUUUAUUAUUCCUCGUUUCCUUUUGCAUAUUUUUAUGGCCUUUCCAGUAUUAAUCUUCAAAAGCUUUUUCAUCAGAAAUUUUUUUUCAUGAUUUAUUUACUUGUUUUCUUUGAGAGCUAGUCAAAUCUAUAAGCUUUAUUAAUGUUUUGCAAAUCUUUGUCAGGGGAGUAAUCCCAGAUAGGCCUGCACCUGGUAAAUAAGUGCUUAUUAAAUGUGAAGUUAACGUUCCUUGCUAGUACACACAGCCUGUACAUGUGAUAAAGAGAAAAUGGCAUUUCCAUUCACAUAAUGAAAUGUAUUUAUAAAAAUUCAUCUAUUUAUUUUAUCUUUAUUAAAUUACAUGACUAUGUGUGUAAUAUUUUAUUCUGUUAAAUUUAUAAAUAUUGUUGUGCAAGAUUUAAAUGUGGUCAUAAUACUUGAUAUAAUAUAAUGUUGACUACGAUUCGGUUUGAGUAUGAAUUUUUAUCUUCUAACUUGAUUUGAAUUCAAGAUUCCUUGAGUGUGAUUUGCAAGUGAAUUGUACUUGUACUGAUGUGUUUUUGGUUUACUUGUUGUGUACAUAUCAUUAUGUAUUCAUUAAUAUUACAAUUUACAGUAGCAACAUGAACGAGUCCCAGACAAACUAUGUAUUAUUUGCUGCAUUUGUAUCAAUUAUAUGCCCACUAUAGUCUGUCCCAAGAUAUUUUUGCCGCAUAUUUCCUGGAAUUAUUCGAUAUUUAUAAAUACCUCUUGGUUCAGAUGAUGUUCAUUCAAUAGUAUGAAAAAAUCCCAAGAUUUCCCCUUUAAAACGCCCCCUCUAGCUUGUCGGGUAUCGAUACACGGCUAAAAAUAAAAGGUCUAUGGGGUUUAAUUUAAUAACCACAGAAAUAUUUUGCAAUGCCCAAUAAAUAUUACUAUAAAAACUACUUGUUUGUACAAAUGUAUUUGAUACUGUGUUAUACAAUUGGUUUUUUUUUUAAUGUAUCAUAUGGAUAUUUAAAAUGAUUUAUUAUAAGAAUUACCUUAUUGAUACAUGUACAUUUACCAUAUGCAUAUAAAAAUAAACAUCUUGAAUUUUAA